AAUUUCAUUUUAUUUUAAACAUUUUUCAAUGUUUUCGUUUAUAAAAACAUUUUAAAACAUGUUUAACGGUGUCUAUUUUUCGAGACCAUUGACAUUUAUGAUAAAAGGAGGAAAGGACGUGCUUUUUUCAAGAGGCAACCGGUCAUUUAGCGGAAUCUUGAUGCGAUUUGUACAAAGUACAUUGGAUACAAAUCGGUCGGUUAGCAAAAAUGCAAACGUUUUGUGCCAAAAUGUUGACCUUUUAGCUCAUUCCAAAUCGAUUCCGGUGGUUUUGAGGCUAAGAUACUACCAGAGAGGGUCUGCUAGUUCUCCUUCCAAUCUUAAAUCGUGGAGAAAGCGUUUAUGGACAGUAGUUCGUGGGGUCUUCGUGGCAACAGGUGGUUUCGUUUGGCUGGUUAUCUUUGCAGCCUAUUUCGCCCUGGAUAAAGUUACGGUUGACGUGUUGGAGAAUGACAAAUCUGCUGCAGCGAACACGCUUCAGAAAAAGCUAGCUGAGCAUUUUUAUAAAGAAAAACACGAAGCUGAGAUUUUGAAGAAAGAAAGUGCACUUGAUUCUGUUUGGGAAAAGUUAAGCAAGGAGGAAGAGAUUAAGGAAAUUUUUGGCCAACCUUUGUAUGUUUGUGGCUACAAUUAUAGGUUCAUGAGCGAUGCCCAGGAUUUGAGAAGAGUGGAUGGAAAAGUGGAAGAAAAGGAUGAAAGGGAAAGUUUUAAGGAAACAUUGAAUGAAUCGACAUGGGAGGCAGGGUGCUACAUUGAAGGUCCGAAGAAGAUGGGGGUUAUGGAUGUUAAAUUUGAAAAGCACAAGGAAGAGUGGAUUCCUGUUUCCUUGCGUGUGGAAACCUUGGAGAAGACGGGUCAUGUCGUUAGCAACGUUUCUGCCUCGUUACCAAAUGGAAUCACAAAUUUCACCAGACUUUCAAAUUGAAUCCAUAGUUAGAAAUCAUUCAGCAAUGACAUUUGCACAGGGAUAAUAUCUAAUGCAUUUGAUGCUACAAAUGAACAUGAAACAGAAAAACACAAAAUCAAAAAUUACUUUUCACUUUCAACUUUUCGGUUACCAAACAGAAUCACAAAUUUCACCAGACUUUUUAAUUGAACCAUAGUUGGAAAUAAUUCAGCAAUAACAUUUGCACAAGGGUAAUAUUGAAUGCAUUUGAUGCUACAAAUGAGCAUGAAACAGAAAAGCACAAAAUCGAAAAUCACUUUUUACCUUCAACUUUUAGGUUUUAUUAAAAAAUUGUCUCAUCUACGGCUAUUCGUCAAUAAUUUAUUACCAUCUACACCUAUUUAACAAGCCAGAGGGUUGUAAUUUAGGAAAUAAAUACAAAUUUAAUGUGUGAAUUAUAUAAGCAUUGAAAAC